AUGGAGGUGGAGCAAUUGAGGCCGGAUAAUCCGGCUAUGACGUUUGAUGAGAUGUCAAUGGAGAGAAGCAAGAAUUUCGUGAAAGCUUUGCAGGAACUGAAGAACCUCAGGCCUCAACUUUAUUCUGCUGCAGAGUACUGUGAAAAGUCAUACCUUCAGAAUGAGCAAAAGCAAAUGGUACUGGAUAACCUGAAGAAUUAUGCUGUAAGAGCUCUGGUCAAUGCCGUUGACCACCUUGGCACCGUUGCUUACAAACUGACUGACCUUUUGGAUCAGCAGACCUUGGAUAUUUCAAACGUGGAUUUAAAGAUUACGUGUAUAAAUCAGCAACUCUCAACAUGCCAAACUUAUGCUGAAAAAGAAGGUCUUAGGCAGCAGCAGUUGUUAGCGAUCAUCCCAAGGCAUCACAAGCAUUAUCUCUUGCCAAAUUCUGUCAACAAGAAGGUACACUUUAGCCCACAAUUACAGACAGAUGCUAGUCAACAUAUCCAACCAAGGCCUCAUCGCUAUCCUUCAGGUGCUUUCGCAGCAAAAACUCUUUCAUGGCAUUUAGCAUCAGAAACCAAGUCUACCUUGAAACCAUCUCCCCAUAUGAUGUUGAGCAAUGGAGACCCAAAAAUUUCUGGUGCAAUUAACUUGGAUGCUGACGAGAGUACCAAGUUGAAGUCCACUCCAGCUUCUGAUGCAGCUACAUCUAUACCAACACUAGUCACACGGCGGGAAUUUCUGGAGGGCUCGAAACCUAUGACUCCAUUUAGGUCAUUUGACAAUCCAACACAAAGAGAGAUUGUUCGUGCUCCAGUUCGUAGUAGAAGUGUUCUGUCGAACUUCUUUGUCAAGCAGAAGGCGUCAAAGCUGAAGAGCAAUGCAUGA